AUGCAAAACAUAUGUGGUAAUCUCACACAUUCCCCCUCUCAUGCCUUCCCCCUCUCAUGCCUUCCCCCUCUCAUGCCUUGCCCCUCUCAUGCCUUGCCCCUCUCAUGCCUUCCCCCUCUCAUGCCUUCCCCCUCUCAUGCCUUCCCCCUCUCAUGCCUUCCCCCUCUCAUGCCUUCCCCCUCUCAUGCCUUCCCCCUCUCAUGCCUUCCCCCUCUCAUGCCUUCCCCCUCUCAUGCCUUCCCCCUCUCAUGCCUUCCCCCUCUCAUGCCUUCCCCCUCUCAUGCCUGCCCCCUCUCAUGCCUUCCCCCUCUCAUGCCUUCCCCCUCUCAUGCCUUCCCCCUCUCAUGCCUUCCCCCUCUCAUGCCUUCCCCCUCUCAUGCCUUCCACCUCUCAUGCCUUCCCCCUCUCAUGCCUUCCCCCUCUCAUGCCUUCCCCCUCUCAUGCCUUCCCCCUCUCAUGCCUUCCCCCUCUCAUUCCAUCCCCCUCUCGUGCCUUCCCCCUCUCGUGCCUUCCCCCUCUCGUGCCUUCCCCCUCUCAUGCCUUCCCCCUCUCAUGCCUUCCCCCUCUCAUGCCUUCCCCCUCUCAUGCCUUCCCCCUCUCAUGCCUUCCCCCUCUCAUGCCUUCCCCCUCUCAUGCCCUCCCCCUCUCAUGCCCUCCCCCUCUCAUGCCCUCCCCCUCUCAUGCCCUCCCCCUCUCAUGCCCUCCCCCUCUCAUUCCCUCCCCCUCUCAUGCCCUCCCCCUCUCAUGCCUUCCCCCUCUCAUGCCUUCCCCCUCUCAUGCCUUCCCCCUCUCAUGCCUUCCCCCUCUCAUGCCUUCCCCCUCUCAUGCCUUCCCCCUCUCAUGCCUUCCCCCUCUCAUGCCUUUCCCCUCUCAUGCCUUCCCCCUCUCAUGCCUUCCCCCUCUCAUGCCUUCCCCCUCUCAUGCCUUCCCCCUAUCAUGCCCUCCCCCUCUCAUGCCCUCCCCCUCUCAUGCCCUCCCCCUCUCAUGCCCUCCCCCUCUCAUGCCCUCCCCCUCUCAUUCCCUCCCCCUCUCAUGCCCUCCCCCUCUCAUGCCUUCCCCCUCUCAUGCCUUCCCCCUCUCAUGCCUUCCCCCUCUCAUGCCUUCCCCCUCUCAUGCCUUCCCCCUCUCAUGCCUUCCCCCUCUCAUGCCUUCCCCCUCUCAUGCCUUCCCCCUCUCAUGCCUUCCCCCUCUCAUGCCUUCCCCCUCUCAUGCCUUCCCCAUCUCAUGCCUUCCCCCUCUCAUGCCUUCCCCCUCUCAUGCCUUCCCCCUCUCAUGCCUUCCCCCUCUCAUGCCUUCCCCCUCUCAUGCCUUCCCCCUCUCAUGCCUUCCCCCUCUCAUGCCUUCCCCCUCUCAUGCCUUCCCCCUCUCAAGCCUUCCCCCUCUCAUGCCUUCCCCCUCUCAUGCCUUCCCCCUCUCAUGCCUUCCCCCUCUCAUGCCUUCCCCCUCUCAUGCCUUCCCCCUCUCAUGCCUUCCCCCUAUCAUGCCCUCCCCCUCUCAUGCCCUCCCCCUCUCAUGCCCUCCCCCUCUCAUGCCCUCCCCCUCUCAUGCCCUCCCCCUCUCAUUCCCUCCCCCUCUCAUGCCCUCCCCCUCUCAUGCCUUCCCCCUCUCAUGCCUUCCCCCUCUCAUGCCUUCCCCCUCUCAUGCCUUCCCCCUCUCAUGCCUUCCCCCUCUCAUGCCUUCCCCCUCUCAUGCCUUCCCCCUCUCAUGCCUUCCCCCACUCAUGCCUUCCCCCUCUCAUGCCUUCCCCCUCUCAUGCCUUCCCCCUCUCAUGCCUGCCCCCUCUCAUGCCUUCCCCCUCUCAUGCCUUCCCCCUCUCAUGCCUUCCCCCUCUCAUGCCUUCCCCCUCUCAUGCCUUCCCCCUCUCAUGCCUUCCACCUCUCAUGCCUUCCCCCUCUCAUGCCUUCCCCCUCUCAUGCCUUCCCCCUCUCAUGCCUUCCCCCUCUCAUGCCUUCCCCCUCUCAUUCCAUCCCCCUCUCGUGCCUUCCCCCUCUCGUGCCUUCCCCCUCUCGUGCCUUCCCCCUCUCAUGCCUUCCCCCUCUCAUGCCUUCCCCCUCUCAUGCCUUCCCCCUCUCAUGCCUUCCCCCUCUCAUGCCUUCCCCCUCUCAUGCCUUCCCCCUCUCAUGCCUUCCCCCUCUCAUGCCUGCCCCCUCUCAUGCCUUCCCCCUCUCAUGCCUUCCCCCUCUCAUGCCUUCCCCCUCUCAUGCCUUCCCCCUCUCAUGCCUUCCCCCUCUCAUGCCUUCCACCUCUCAUGCCUUCCCCCUCUCAUGCCUUCCCCCUCUCAUGCCUUCCCCCUCUCAUGCCUUCCCCCUCUCAUGCCUUCCCCCUCUCAUUCCAUCCCCCUCUCGUGCCUUCCCCCUCUCGUGCCUUCCCCCUCUCGUGCCUUCCCCCUCUCAUGCCUUCCCCCUCUCAUGCCUUCCCCCUCUCAUGCCUUCCCCCUCUCAUGCCUUCCCCCUCUCAUGCCUUCCCCCUCUCAUGCCUUCCCCCUCUCAUGCCUUCCCCCUCUCAUGCCUUCCCCCUCUCAUGCCUUCCCCCUCUCAUGCCUUCCCCCUCUCAUGCCUUCCCCCUCUCAUGCCUUCCCCCUCUCAUGCCUCCCCCCUCUCAUGCCUUCCCCCUCUCAUGCCUUCCCUCUCUCAUGCUCCCGCUUUCCAUCACCCCGCCCCAUUCUCCCUCCUUCCAUCACCCCACCCCAUUCUCCCUCCUUCCAUCACCCCGCCCCAUUCCCUUUCUUUCCAUCACCCCGCCCCAUUCUCCCGCUUUCCAUCACCCCGCCCCAUUCUCCCUGAUUCCAUCACCCCGCCCCAUUCUCCCUCCUUCCAUCACCCCGCCCCAUUCUCCCGCAUUCCAUCACCCCGCCCCAUUCUCCCGCUUUCUAUCACCCCGCCCUUUUCUCCCGCUUUCCAUCAUCCUGCCCCAUUCUCCCGCUUUCCAUCACCCCGCACCAUUCUCCCGCUUUCCAUCACCCCGCACCAUUCUCCCGCUUUCCAUAACCCCGCCCCAUUCUCCCGCUUUCCAUCACCCCGCCCCAUUCUCCCUCCUUCCAUCACCCCGCCCCAUUCUCCCUCCUUCCAUCACCCCGCCCCAUUCUUCCGCUUUCCAUCACCCCGCCCCAUUCUCCCGCUUUCCAUCACCCCGCCCCAUUCUCCCGCUUUCCAUCACCCCGCCCCAUUCUCCUGCUUUCCUUCACCCCGCCCCAUUCUCCCUCCUUCCAUCACCCCGCCACAUUCUCCCGCUUUCCAUCACCCCGCCCCGUUCUCCCGCUUUCCAUCACCCCGCCCCAUUCUCCCUCCUUCCAUCAUCCCGCCCCAUUCUCCCUCCUUCCAUCAGCCCGCCCUAUUCUCCCUCCUUCCAUCACCCUGCCCCAUUCUCCCGCCUUCCAUCACCCCACCCCAUUCUCCCGCUUUCCAUCACCCCGCCCCAUUCUCCCGCUUUCCAUCACCCCGCCCCAUUCUCCCUCCUUCCAUCAUCCCGCCCCAUUCUCCCGCUUUCCAUCACCCCGCCCCAUUCUCCCUGAUUCCAUCACCCCGCCCCAUUCUCCCUCCUUCCAUCACCCCGCCCCAUUCUCCCGCUUUCCAUCACCCCGCCCCAUUCUCCCGCUUUCCAUCACCCCGCCCCAUUCUCCCGUUUUCCAUCACCCUGCCCCAUUCUCCCGCUUUCCAUCACCCCGCCCCAUUCUCCCGCUUUCCAUCACCCCGCCCUUUUCUCCCGCUUUCCAUCACCCUGCCCCAUUCUCCCGCUUUCCAUCACCGCGCCCCAUUCUCCCUCUUUCCAUCACCCCGCCCCAUUCUCCCGCUUUCCAUCUGUUAUAGUCACAGGUUGCACCAACACCAUCACCCCGCCCCAUUCUCCCGCCUUCCAUCACCCCGCCCCAUUCUCCCUCCUUCCAUCACCCCGCCCCAUUCUCCCGCCUUCCAUCACCCCACCCAAUUCUCCCGCUUUCCAUCACCCCGCCCCAUUCUCCCGCUUUCCAUCACCCCGCCCCAUUCUCCCGCUUUCCAUCACCCCGCCCCAUUCUCCCACUUUCCAUCACCCCGCCCCAUUCUCCCUCCUUCCAUCACCCGCCCCAUUCUCCCGCUUUCCAUCACCCCCUCCUUCCAUCACCCCGCCCCAUUCUCCCUCCUUCCAUCACCCCGCCCCAUUCUCCCGCUUUCCAUCACCCCGCCCCAUUCUCCCUCCUUCCAUCACCGCGCCCCAUUCUCCCUCCUUCCAUCACCCCGCCCCAUUCUCCCUCCUUCCAUCACCCCGCCCCAUUCUCCCGCCUUCCAUCAUCCCCCAUCACCCCGCCCCAUUCUCCCUCCUUCCAUCACCCGCCCCAUUCUCCCUCCUUCCAUCACUCCGCCCCAUUCUCCCGCUUUCCAUCACCCCGCCCCAUUCUCCCGCUUUCCAUAA